AUGUCUCCCCUCGGUAUCUCACUGGCGAUCUUUCUUCUAGCCUUUUGGGAGGUGGUCGGCAAGACGUUCUCUUACGAAUCCAUCCGGCUCGACCCGGCUGAUAGCCAUGACUUCCCGGCGAUCCGGUUUGACAACAAAGCUGCAGGAUCACCCCGGACCACCACCACCGCACGAUGCCGGGCUUGGCCUGGGAGCAACGACUGGCCGAGCGACUCGGAGUGGCAGCAGCUGAACACCUCACUUGGGGGUGCUCUUCUCAAGCCUCUUCCCCCUGCAUCUGCCUGUUACCAAGGAGAUCAGUACAACGAGUCGACCUGUCGGUGGCUUGUGAAUCAAGCUGGACGGACGCAUUUCUGGCUCGAUGAUCCGCUGUCAACACUUACGCAGUGGCCGCAGGGCAGCACUUGCACACUAGUCUCACAUCCGCAGGGCAGCUGCACUCGAGGAGGGUUCCCGGAGUAUGUGGUAAACGCCACGACCGUCAAGCAAGUACAAGCAGCCGUGAACUUUGCCAGGAACAAGAAUCUGCGACUUGUCAUAAAGAACACCGGUCAUGACUUUGGCGGGCGCUCCAUGGGCGCAGGAUCGCUCAGCAUCUGGGUUCACAACCUCAAGAGCUUCGAGUUCAUCCCACAUUACAGGGUGGGCCAAUACUCUGGUAUGGCAGUGCAUGUUGGCGCCGGCGUCGAGAGCUGGGAACAUCAUAACCACAUGGCAGCACACAACAUCGCUGUCGUCGCACCAGGCGGAAGCACCGUCGGGGCAGUUGGCGGAUGGAUCUCGGUUGCCGGUCAUGGUUUACUAACCUCGAAGUACGGUUUGGGUGCAGACCAAGUGCUAUCCAACAACAUCGUCACAGCCGAUGGCCACUUCUUGACUGUGGAUCCCAACAACCACAAAGACUUGUGGUGGGCUCUCAGAGGCGGAGGGCCAAGCACCUUUGGCGUCAUCACAUCCGUCGUCCUCAAAGCAUAUCCAGCUAUCAACAUCACAUCCACCUCCCUCAGCUUCACCGUCAACCCGUUUCUCCCCCUCAACCGCACCCUCACGCCCAACUCCCUCACCAACAUCACCUCCUUUUGGAAUGGCGUCUCCCUCGCGUAUCACUACUGCGCCCAUAUCAUCGCCGCCGGCGGUCUCUGCUACAGCUACAUCUACCCGCUGGGCAACUCAUCCUUCACCUUCACCAGCAGCCAAACCAUCCCCAAUAUCACCGCCCCUGCACUCACCGCGCUGCUCUCCCCGCUCUACACCCAGCUCAACACCCUCCACACCAUCCCCGUCACUCUCCCAACCCUCGCCGCCAUCAGAGCAGUCCCCUACGCAGGCAACAGCCGCCGCACGGGCGCCGCAGAGCCCGCCAACACGCGGUACCGCUCCCGACUUUUCCCGUCCUACGUCUGGGGGCACGCUAUGCUCUGGGCUGAGGUAUUCGCCUCGGUCCGCGCGGCGGUCGAGGACGGCGGGUACACUUUCCACGGCAUCGCAUAUUCGCCCACGGCCGAGAUGGCCGGGUGGCCGGGCCGGGACAGUGCGGUCCACGAGGCGUGGCGGGCGACGGCGCUGCAUGCCAUUUUAAAUGAGGUGCAGCCUGAGGGGAUUACGGCGGAGGAGGCGAGGGGGAGGGAUGCGCGGGUGCAGGCUUAUGUGGAUAGGUGGCAAGAGUUGAUGCCGGACGCGGGGGCGUACAUGAAUGAGGGCGACCCGGCGGAGUCGAACUGGCAGGAUAGGUUCUAUGGCUCGCACUAUCAGCGGCUGUUGGGGAUUAAGAGGGAGUGGGAUCCGUGGGGGGUGUUUUGGGCGAGGACGACGGUGGGCAGCGAGGAGUGGGCGGUGAUUACCCUCGAUGGGUAUCCGGCGGGACAGAAUGGCAGGCUGUGUCGGGUGCAGCACAAGUGA